UUUUUUUUUAAAAAAAAAAAUUUUUUUUAUUAAAUUAAUAUAAGUUUUUUUGUUACGAAAAUUUUUUUUUAUAUUGUUAAUAAAAUUAAAUAUUAAUAACAACAAUGGUUAAAAAAUUCUUGGGAAUACUUUCUCUAACCCUCACCUGUACCCUUCUUGGAGUCGUAAAUCGUCUCGAGAGUGCUGAGGCUGCUGCUUGUGACCCCACCGCUUGUCAACCACCAAAAUGUUUUUGCCCUUCCGUUAACCCUCCAGGUGGUUUACCACUUGAAAAAACUCCUCAAUUUUUCCUUUUAACUUUCGAUGAUUCCGUUCAAGAAGGUACCUUAAAAGUUGCAAACAGCCUUAUUGGGAAAAGGAAAAAUCCGAAUGGAUGUCCAAUUAGAGCUACUUAUUACGUUAGUAUCCAAUAUACAGAUUUUUCAUUGGUAACGCAGUGGUAUGCAGCUGGAAAUGAGGUUGCAGAUCAUACUAUGACACAUCCUCAAGAUCCUUUCGAUGAUGAAAUUAUUGGAUGUAAAAAAUCACUUAACGCUUUUGCUGGUAUCCCAAAUGGCAAGAUAGCGGGGUGGCGAUCUCCUUUCCUCAAUUGGCAACCAAAAACUUUUGACGUAAUUGCUCAACAAGGGAUUCUGUAUGAUUCCUCAACAACUGCAUUGACAGAUGAUGCUACUUGGCCUUAUACCAUGGAUUAUGGUCUAUAUAAUGAUUGUUGGAAAGGUUUCUGUGAUACAACUAUUCAUCCCGGUUUAUUCGAAAUCCCAAUGGCUGCUAUUAUAGAUGAUAAGGGUACUCCACAUUUAAUGGAUCCACAUCUCGAUGGAACACCUGACGUAGUUAAGGGAUGGUUACAGGACAAUUUCCUACGUCAUGCAAAACAAGGAAAAACACCCUUCGGUUUAUUCCUUCAUCCUGCUCAUCUUAACCAACUUCCCGGUGUUCCAUUGGCUCCUGGUGCCACAGAUCCUGCUAAAAAUCUUCAAAUGCUUGAAGAAUUUCUAGAUUGGGCUGUUGCACAACCGGACACUUGGUUCGUAACGAGUCAACAAUUGUUGGAAUGGAUGAAAAAUCCAGUUCCAGCAGAUCAACUUAAAGAUUUCGCACCUUUCUCGUGUCAAGUUCCUAAAAUUGGAAAAGAAAUCUGCAAUGGAUUGGAUGAUGACGGAAACGGACAGGUUGACGAAGGACUUGUACAAAAUUGUAAUUUCAACACUGUAGUAUGGAAUACUUGUUACGGAUGCCCUAGUGAAAAUCCAAGUCUUGCCAAUCCUGUUCCAAAAGGUGGUGACCGUUUCCGUGUUCCAACAACUUGUGAUUCAGUUUGGUGGGAUCCCAUUGCUAAUCAAUGUCUCUGCCAAGAUGCCAACUGUGCAUACACUGACUUAAGUAAACCAGUGGGUAAUGCUGGAGACAACAGUACUAAUGCUGGUGGUUCUAAUAAAGGUACUAAUAAUGGUCAACCUAAUGAAAAUAAAAAGAGUGGGGCAAGCUCAAUAACUAGUUCGAAUACAAUGACUUUGAUACCCGGCUUUAUAAUUGCAUCUAUAUUUAUGCAGUGGAUCUUCUAAAAAAGAAACACUCUCCCAACAAACAUUUUUUUUAAAAAAUUAUUAAUUAUAAAAGAAAUAUGUAAUUGUAAUUGUAGUUUUAUUUUAGAUAAGAAUUAUGAUUUAUUAAUAAUAUCUAUUUAAUCUAAUGCCAUGUACUAUGUUAAAAUUUCUGUUCUAGAAUUAUAAUCAAAAUAAAUAAAUUAAUUUAUCC